UUUCUUUUUUCUGCAAAUUAUUUUGAAUAAAAGCCUCAAUUUUGAAAGAAAUCAGUAUCAUUUGAAUUUAGAACUUUCUAGUCAAUUGUAACAAUCAACUCAAAUCAAACAACAUGUUCAAAUAUUUGCUCAUUGCCUCCUUGUUGGCCUGCGCCUAUGCCGAUGUCUCCGAUGAAUCUCAUGCUGAAAUCAAGGUUUUGGAUUCCGAUGUUCGCGCUGAUGGUUUCGAUUACCAUUUAGAAACCUCCAAUAGCAUUAACAGCGGUGCCAGUGGUGAUGAACAUGGCAACAUUCAUGGUCAUUAUGAAUACAUUUCUCCCGAAGGUGAACACAUCAAGGUCGAAUAUGUUGCCGAUGAGCAUGGUUAUCAACCCGUUAGCAAUGUCUUGCCUACACCUCCACCAGUACCAGUUGAAAUUGUUAAGGCUUUGGAAUACCUUCGUUCUCAUCCUUCUGUUGAGGACAAACAUCAUUAAGUAAAUUUUGUUCUUUAAAUGUGUUAACGAGAAAAAUGGGGUUUAAAUAAAAAAAAAUUUGGUUAAACCAAAAAA